AUGUCAAACAUUGGGCAUUCUGGGGAGGCAACAUGGCGGACAUGUGUGUUACACACACACAUGAGGAAGAGAAUAAUUCAACAAAUGUAGGAAAUAAACAGUGGGUGAGAUUAAAUGUCGGCGGAACAUAUUUCCUGACUACCAAGACAACUUUGUCACGUGAUCCUAAUUCCUUUCUGUUUCGGCUGUGUCAGGAAGACUCAGACCUCAUAUCAGAUCGAGACGCAACAGGAGCGUACUUAAUUGACAGAGACCCGAUGUAUUUCAGUCCCAUACUUAAUUACUUAAGGCAUGGAAAACUAGUCAUCAAUAAGGACCUUGCUGAAGAAGGUGUUCUUGAAGAGGCAGAGUUUUAUAACAUAACAGAUCUCAUUGGACUUAUUAAGGACCGGAUUUGUCAUAGAGAUAGUAGACCGCUUCGAGAUUCUAAGAAACAUGUGUACAGAGUUCUUCAAUGUCAUGAGGACGAACUCACACAGAUGGUAUCGACGAUGUCGGAUGGAUGGAAAUUUGAGCAGCUUAUCAACAUAGGGUCACAGUAUAAUUAUGGUAAUGAAGAUCAUGCAGAAUUUUUGUGUGUCGUGUCGAGGGAAUAUGGAGCCUCUCUGAACUCUCAAGGGACUGAACCAACAGACAGGGCAAAGGUUUUGCAGCAGAAAGGAUCACGGAUGUGAGAUAAACUGCAUAAAAGGUUAAUACAAAUUGAAAAUGAGAUCAAUUGCACAAGUGGCUCUGUGUUCACCUAUGAGGCACCAGACUGAACAUUUGAACCCAUGAGAUUCUGAACACUGAAACAUGUUCUUGGAGUGUUAAUUUUGGGAUGCUUUAUGCUUUGCUCUACGCAAAUUCAGAAUGUGAACUUUAUCUACAGAAAGUUAUUAGUUGGUUUUCAAGAAUGAACUCUUAAGUCAGUUGUUUGAAAUGCAGUUGGCCGGGUUAGUAAUUGGAAUGCUACUGCACUAGGAGAAUUGAAUGGAAUGGAAACACAUUCUAAACUGUGUUACGUUUAAAAUAAAAAUAGAUUAAUUAAAUAAUGGUGACUUUCACCGAAAUGAAAAUUAAUGUUACAUUUAAACAAAAAAUACACAUUCAAUUUCAAGUAAAAAUAGAAUAUAAUAGAAAGCCUGUUACUAUAAUAUAAAAUGUAAUUGUGUGUUUUUGUUAUUUAUACCUUUAUUUAUUGAGAACUGGCACCAGGUGCUCAGCAUUUUUGUGUAAUUUGAUGAUAUAUCGUGUGAAACAAUCUAAUUUUUACCUUGCUGUAAAAUAAAUGUACAAUUUUGUAAAAAAAAAA